AUGGCGUUUAACUUCAACUGGUCGCCUUUAAUGGCGGACGCGAGUUUUUACACUCGCGCCCAAGAUCUGCUCACUGCCGCCCUCAAUAAGUCGCCAAAACCUCCGAUCAUCGUCGAUGACAUUCACGUCACCGAGUUGAACUUGGGCUCCAUCCCGCCCGAGUUGGAGAUUUUGGAAAUUGGAGACCUCGCCGAAGAUCGCUUUCGCGGCAUCUUCAAAAUGUCUUAUACCGGCGAUGCUUUUCUCACAUUGAAGACCCGAGUUCAAGCGAAUCCACUAAACACCUUCCUCCUCACACGACCAACUUUCGCGUCGCCGGUCCCUCUCGCCGCUGCUACCCCGCUCACCAUUCCUCUACAAAUCACGCUCUCCGACUUCAAACUCUCUGGAUUCGUGAUAUUGGUUUUCUCAAAGCAAAAAGGAAUAACUCUCGUGUUUCGAAAUGAUCCACUUGAAUCGCUCAAGGUUUCCUCGACAUUUGAUUCGAUCCCAUUCGUCCGCGACUUCCUACAAAAAGCAAUCGAGGCACAGCUACGGAUACUGUUCAUGGACGAGCUCCCAGCUAUAAUUCAUCGACUAUCACUCCGGUUAUGGGUUCCCGAAUAUCGCACAGGGGAGGAAAUGAACGACGAGACGGAUAAUACAGCCAAGACGAGAAGCGAAGGCCCUGGCCAAGACCCUCUCGCCAGCCCGCCACAGGAUCCCGUCGACUCUCUCGGAAACGCCUUGAAUGAAUCCGAAAUCGCCUCGCUUUCUUUGGAUUCGUCUGUUGAGACACAUUCGCUCUUCUCGCAGAAGAACCUCCUUCGUUUGGCCGCUUUGACAGACUCACAACGUACCCUGUCCCUGUUUACGCCAUCCAUCAAGGAAGUAGUGUACCGAGCAUGGACUCCUCCUACCGACACCAGCGAAUUUCCCUCGAGCGUGAUCUCUCCACUGAGUCCCACCCUUUCGCGAACACAUUCCCAAAUCGGUAGCAUGUCUUCUUUGCAUGAGACCGCCAGCAACGCUUCCAUGCACAGCCGACCGUCUAUGUCGGGCCAAUCAUUCACCUCCAGUACCUACGGCUUGAGCCUAGGUGCCGGACGUCAUUCCAAAGCCCAUUCUCGGAAACGAAAGAAGCGUGUUGUGGAUCUGCGCCGUCCCAAGACAACCGAUGACGCCAUGAGCGUCAGCGAUGAGAGCGUUAUAACGGAAUCGUCUCGACCUCCUUCAAUCGCCUCGGCCCCCCUGCCUAUUGUGAAUGAGCAGGCCGAUGACCCAGUAACGCCGCCUUUCUUCCCUGAGGCCGACUCUCACUUGCCUGUGAUUCCCGAAAGACAUCUGUCUAGUCUGUCCCGCUCAGCACGUCGGGAUGGGGAUUUGUCACACUCCAACGAAACUAUCCGUGCACCCAAGGCAGAGGAUGUGGAGGUUACCCCUCGUGCUGCUGUGCGUGGAUACCCCCACGAGAAGGUUGAAGCUGGACCCUCAUCCAGUAAUCAGCGGCCGCCGUUGCCCGCGACCGUUCUCCCUUUUUCCAAGGAUGAAAAGGUCAACGGCGAUAGCGUUGACUCUGUCCUGGUUGAGAGACUCGCCGGUGAGAUCGCUCGUCGGAUGCGUGAAGACAAGCUUAUGACAAGCGCUUGCAGCGGCUUCUGGAGCCGUCAGCACGAAGAUGCUCCUCCCCCUGCGUAUGGCCACUGA